CCUCACAGAAAGCAAAAUGGCCGAUAGUAAACUAACCGAUCAUACAGCGUCUGACAGUCAUCGAGGGGUUGUGCAUGUUGUGUUUACAGCUUGAAUUGUAAAGUCGCGCAAAAGGAAGGAUUUUUGCGUUUCUUCAUUUCUUUUUCUACAAGCAACGUUUUCGCCCGCCGGUGAUGUCAUUUCUUAUUCAAUUUAGCCUUGGAAGCCUCGAAGAACUAGCUCGCUAGGUUAGCUACCUUGCUAGCCUGCUAGCGGUAGGAUUGCAAGAAUUUUUGCACAGAAGCACUUUAUGUCCUGUGUGAUUCCCGAGAUAGGAGAAUCUAGAAGGGGAACAGCAGUUCAUGGAAGACAAGAAAAAGAAGAAAGAAGAGAAGAAGAAAAGGGAAACCUCUCAGAAGGUGCCAGAACCGAAAAUCAAAGUGCCAGAAUCAGCCAAGCCCUCCGGCUCCCAGCCACUCGCCACCCCAGAUUCAGUGUCCCCCAGCCCUGGCCCAGUCUCCCCUUCAUCCCCGAGUCCCGGAGCUGGUGGGGGCUCGGCCCAAGUCCUUCCUGGUGGCGGGAACAAUGCAAAGCAGUGGUCUGCUGUGGCCAACGGACAGCCCUCCUCCUCUCCCUCUGGAAGCCAAACCUCCCAGCAGCAGAGAUACAUGUCUAGAGAAGUCCCACCAAGGUUUCGCUGCCAGCAGGACCAUAAAGUGCUACUGAAGAGGGGCCAGCCGCCGCUGUCCUCCAUGCUGCUGGGGGGAGGAGGCGGAGGGGAAGCGGGUGGUGGAGGGGUUAGAGAAGGCAGUGGCUGGGUUGCUGCCUUGUCCUCCCAGGGUUCAGAUAACCCCGUUACAAACACAGCUGGACAUGCAGAUUCCAACCUGGGUUCAUCCUCCCCUUCAUCCCCCAACUCAUCCUCAUUAUGUGUCGCUGCUCAGUCGUCUUCUACUACUUCUUCAACUUAUGCAAAUUCCACAUGGGGGGCUGGCUCUAGCAGCCAGCCCUCUUCUCAGGGCUGCGGAAAGGUGAUUGUGGACGGGACUGACCUGGAUGACUGGCCUAGRAUCCCAGCCGGGCCAAAGCUGAGUUCUGAUGGGGCUGGAGGAGGGCUGCAGGAGCAGAACUGUCCCAGUAACAACAGUAGUGCCUCGUGGGGUGAGAGAAACAUGCAGCAGAAGGGAGGAACAGGAGGAGGAGGAGAAGGGAACAUGGACAAUCCUUCCCCACUUCAGUCCGCUCCUCCCUCCUCUUCUUCCUCGCUUAGUGAAUGUGCUCAGUCAAGUGGGGGUGCGUGGGUCUCCUCCGCCUCAUCCCAGGUGGAGACGGGGACAGGCUCAGCAGCAUUUCACAAUUCCAAAGUCUCCCAUCUUCUUCCUGGGCCUCAGGAGAGCCCUGUGGGUGYCAGUGGCAACGUCCCUGGUGCCAAUUUCAACCCGAGUGCGAACCCCUCUGCAUGGCCCGCCUUGGGGCAGAGUGGGGCCUCCGCUUCAGCAAACGACAGCUUUUCACUACACUCGUCCGUCACUUCCUCAUUCUCUGCCAGCACCACUCUCAUCACCACUCAAACACUUUCAUCUGUGAAUCAAACUGGUCCCUACCAGCAGCACACUGAAACAGCUGUGGGAGCCAAGGUUGGAGAGCAGCACUUAGGAAACCCAGGGUUGGAUCCAGUUUCAGGCGGGGAUGUGAGAGAAGCAGGACCAAAUCAAGUGGGCGACGGCGAGGGGAACUCUGGGGUCAUCUGUGAAGUUAAAGGGAACGGCAAACACUCUGGCUCUCCGUCUUCCUCUUCGGCUGCCUCUUCUUGGAGACCCAUGCCUCCAGUGUCCUCUGAACUGAACGUAGGUGCCUCGCGGGCAGACGGGUGGGGUGCAGGUGGGACUGGAGCUCAGGGGCAGGAAGGGAACGUCUGGAGGUUUGGUCGUCAGGACGACAAGGCAGGGUGGAGCAAGGGGAAUGGUGGAGGAUCCGCUGCCCCGGUGGUAUCUCAGGGAGCGUGGGCUGGAAGCGGUUCUGAAGCAGAUUGGGGUGGCACUUCAGAAGGUGUGAGUAGGGGUAAUUUAGCAAUAGGAAGUGGAAGGGGAGGCGAUGAGAGCAGCACUAGUGCAGACGGUGUAGGUGGCAGCAGUUUGGAGGACUCUGCUUCACCAAAUUUUGCUACUAUGACAAAAGCUUGGGACAAUCAAAAAGGGAUGGAAAGUGGGGAGGGAGCAGUUGGGGAGUGGGGUGGAGGAGGAGGAGGACCGGAUGAAACCACGGAGGGAGGUGGAGCACGCUCAUCCUCUAGUGGAGGUGGAUCCUUAGCUGGAAGUGGCAGCGGAGGGAGUGGCGGUAAAGAGCGCUCCUCCUCUACAAACCAUCGGUCCGACCCAUCCUCCAACGCUGACGUGGCCUUACUUAGCAUGCUCAGUCGAUCGGACCUGGACCCCAGAGUUCUGUCCAACACUGGCUGGGGCCAGACCCAGAUCAGGCAGAACGUGGCCUGGGACCUGGACACAGCAGGAGUAGGGAGCAGGAACGAAAGAAACCCGUCAUCAGCAACCAUGAACACUGGCACUAAUCGCAGUUCUAGGUAUUCAUCCGAGACUGGUUCCAUAUCUAAUGAUUUAUCUUCUGGCAGUCGCACAACAAGCUUGAACUCUGACUCUGCUACAGUCCGGGAUGGUUGGGAAGGUGGUGGUUCACAGACCGCCUGUGGUCCUUUUACACCAAGUAGCACUAUAAGGAAGCCAGGAUCACCAGAAGACGAUACACAAGGGAAGGCAGCUGGUGGGUGGGGUGAUCUCCCACCUCAAAGUGAGAGCAAAGGAUGGAGGAGUGAAGACCAACAAUGGGGAGAUCAGAGAGCAGGAAGAAAGAACUGGAGAGACUUUGAAGAAAAGGGUAGUGGGUGGAGAGAUGGUCCUGAGGAUAAAGGAACUGCAGGAUGGAAGGGAACUACAGGAGGAGAAUCAGGAGGUUGGGGAGGACAGAGUGGAGGGGGAGAACAGUGGGGGCAGAGAGACUCGACCUCCACUGGUGGUUGGGGAGAUGGAAGAAAUCGAGUCGGGAGCAACUCUGAUGAGGGACCCGCCUGGGGAAAUUUGGAUGAAGGGGGAUCCCAGCGAGGAAGAUGGGAAGGAGGAGAUGUGGGUGGAGGCAAGUCCCACCAGGACUGGGGGAGUGCCAAGCCCAACACAGCAGCAGCACCGAUACCAAACAGCCAAGUGGCACCAAUGAAAGCCCAAAAUCAACAGCAGCAGCAAUCACAAGGCCAGCAUCCACCAGGAGGACCCAUACAAGGAGGGUGGAACAGCCGGUCAGGCGUCGGAGGUGGGGGUCCACUAUCAAAGAAUCAGAACCAAAGCAUGGGCUGGACCUCUGGCCCAAUUCCCCAAAUCUCUGGAGGCGGGGGUGACACCCUGGAGCCCAGUGGUUGGGAAGAACCUUCUCCGCAGUCCAUCAGUCGCAAAAUGGAAAUUGACGACGGUACAUCAGCCUGGGGAGACCCGACGUGUUACAGCAACAAAAAUGUGAACUUGUGGGACAAAAACAGCGCCACACCGAGCCAGAACCAGGGUCCGCAGGGUCCACCAUUGCCAAUGCAGCAGCAACCUCCUCGAAGGCAGCACAGCACCAACUCAAACCCCAGCGGUGGUGCAGUGGGUAUGUGGGGUGGAGCUGCACAAACUGUGGAUAAUGGUACAGCUGCUUGGGGCCAUUCGUCAGAUGCAGCAACAGGUUGGGGUGAACCAGAUGAGCCCAGCAAAGCAUCUGGCUGGAGGAACCCUUCACCCAACCCUGUAAAACCUGGCGGUAAGCCUGUAGAAAGCUGGGGAGGCAAGGGUGACAGCUCUAUUGCAGCCUCGAGGCACCCCAGCUGGGAGGAUGAUGACGAUGGUGGCGGAGGGGUCUGGAACAGCACGGGCUCCCAGGGAAGCGGCUCUUCUUUCAACUCUGGAGGCUGGGGUCAAACUCACGGAGGAAAAAGAGGCAACAUCAAGAGCGGACCAGGAGAGAGCUGGAUGAAUCCAGUGACUCGCCAGUUUUCAAACAUGGGUCUUAUGGGAGAUGAUCCAGGUGUUGACAAAAAAAUGGAAGGAGACAAGAGAGGAAUAACUGACUAUAACGGAGAGAUGCGGAGGGGUGGAAGAGGAGGUGGAGGGUACCGUAUGCCUGGUUCCAAAGACAUGGGUCCUGUUGACAUGGGGCUCUAUGGUGAAAAGAUGGGUGGCCAUGGAGCGUUUGUCGCAGGUGGAGGUGGGAUGUCUCAGUCUCGAGGGAUGCACCAGCCUGGCAUGCAUCCGAUGAACCCCUCCCAGGGUUUACGUGCUCAAGUGCCUCAUCAGUUCCUGUCUCCUCAGGUGCCGGGCCCCAUGCUGAAGCAGGUGCCCUCUCCUGGUGGCAGCGUGGGAGGAGUAGGAGGUGUCGGUGGCGUUGGAAGUGUCGGAGGAGUCGGUGGAGGAAUGUUCCCGCCACAGAUUUCCCCGCAGCAGCUUGCAAUGCUCAGCAACAUUAACCCCCACAUGCAGCAGUUCCAGCUGGCUUGUCAGCUUCUGCUACAACAGCAGCAACAGCAACAGCAGCAGCAGCUUCUGCAGAACCAGAGGAAGUUCCCUCAACCUCAGCCUCUCCGGCAGCAGACAGACCCACAGCAGCUGGCAAGGAUCAUGGCUAUUCUACAGCAGAGGCAGCAUCAGCAGGUUGGAGUUGGGGGCGCAGCAUCAGGAGCAGGGAGCUCCAAACUAUCUCCAUCUCACCUGGGAGGAGGCCUGUCCAAACAAUCCAUGGUAGACCCCCUUCAACAUACAGGAGUUGGGGGUCCUUUAACAGACAUUCAUGCCAAAACACAAGGGAUGUAUGCUGGGCUGACACCUGGUGGUAAUCUGUCUUCACUGGAGCUCAGCCCCAUGAUGGGAGGCAUGAAGGACAUGGGUGGACAACAAUCUCGCUUCAAAUGGAUGAUGGAGGGACAUUCUCCCGCACCCUCACCCCCAGACUCAACCCUUCAUAAGAAUGGCCCUCUACCCAGUGGGAUAAAGGUUAGAGGAGGGUCUCCCUACUCCCAGUAUGAAAUGCUGGGCAGUGAAGGUUUAGGGAUUCCACCUCAGGGCUCUGCAGACAACUGGCUCCGGACACCUGGUAGUAAAAUGGGGAAAAAACCUGCAACAUCAAGCUGGCCUCCAGAAUUUCAGCCUGGUGUGCCCUGGAAAGGAAUACAGAGCAGUGGAGAUCCGGAAUCUGAUCCCUACAUGACCCCUGGUAGUGUUCUCGGCUCCCCGGGAUCCCCAAACCUUAAUGACCCCGACCACCCGCUACUGCGAGACCAUAUAGGGCAAAACCCCUCCCUCAACACCUCGCUGCCUUCAUCUGGUGCCUGGCCCUACAGUGCCUCAGACAGCUCCCUCAGCAAUGCACACAGCACAGGAAAGUACUCUGAGUACAAGCCCAGCUGGCCUCCGGAGCCCAUCGGACAAAACAAAAUGUGGAAGACCAAUCGCAAUAGCUCACAGCUGCCACGCCCCCCUCCUGGCCUAACCAGUCAAAAGCAGGCCUCCCCCUCCCCAUGGGGUUCUGCAGGUCCAAGAUUGGCCCGGAGCUGGGGAGGGGGUGGGAUGAAUCAAGAGUCAAGAUUUGGGUCAGGCUCAGCUUGGAGUGAUGGUGUUAACUCCAGAGGCAGCUGCUGGUUGCUGCUGAGCAACCUAACCCCUCAGAUUGAUGGCUCCACAUUGAGGACUAUCUGCAUGCAGCAUGGUCCCCUGCUGACCUUCCACCUGGGCCUCACCCAGGGCAGUGCUCUGAUUCGUUACAACAGCCGACAGGAAGCAGCCAAGGCCCAGAGUGCUCUGCACAUGUGUGUCCUGGGCAAUACCACAAUUCUGGCUGAGUUUGUAAGUGAAGAAGAAGUCGCACGCUAUUUUGCACAUUCCCAGGCCGGAGCAGCUGAAGGCGUCGGCACAGGAGGAGCGCCGGGCAGCGGGGUGGCGCCCGGUUCGUCCGGAGCGGGCAUCGCCGUGAGCAGCGGUGACCGCAGCUCCCCGGGGAGUGAGCGAGCAGCAGUGGGCGCGUCUUCUGGGGGGAACGGAAGCGGUGGCGCUGGAGGGGAAAGCGGAGCAGGGGUCCUAGCUGGUGUCAGGUCCUCUGGCUCCACUUGGCAGGGUCUUGACGGUACAGGCACCUCUUCGGAAACCUCCUCGGCCCAAGGACCCGGGCUCGCGAUAUUUUCCCAGUGGAGCACCAACGGGGCCGGGGAGGGAGGAGGUGUUGGAGGAGUUGAGUCUGCGAGGUCUGGGCUGUGGGGCGGUAUGAGCACAGGAUACUCGAGCAGCAGCCUGUGGGGGGCACCACAAAUGGAGGAAAGACACCAAAUAGACAACUCAGCUGGAUUGUUGCCUGGCGACCUGCUGGGGGGAGGAGCCGAUUCCAUCUGAUUAGCUCCCUCCAUUUGUGCAAGUGGGUUUGGACACACUGAUAUGGCAUACACUGGGAUACAUAUGUACUUACUAUGGCACACAUAAACACAUUUACAUGGUAUGCAUAAUAAUGUACUGAAUACAUACACGUGCAUACUAGUAUGCAUAUUAUUGUGCACAGGUAUACAGCAGAAAUGUGAGACAUGCUUACACACAUUCUCAUGGCCAGACUUAAGCUAUUAUUAAAAAAAUCAAAUGCAGGGACUGUUAGAUGUGUAUUCAGCCUUUUUUUCCACAGAUGAAGAUUUCAACUGCUUAGACUUGAAACCUGAAAAAGAAUGAACAGUCAGUAAGUCUGAAAGACUUGACUGGAUUGCAACGUGCUUAGUAAAGUAGGAGACUUUUUAAACCGAUUUACAUAAACAUGCACACACCAAAUACAGAGAAGCCUUCAGACAGAUAGGCACUGUCAACAGCAUUACCUUCAUUACAUGAGAAUUUAAAGUACUACAGAGGUUAAACAGUGCAGUUUUGUAUUCACAUCCCGUUAAAGACAGAGAUUGAACCCAAACACAUGCAAACAGCUCUGAUUGACAGCAGAACUGUAUCUUACUGUGUAUGUUUUUUUUUUCAGUUUGUUUGUACGUAUGGUUUUAAUUUUUUUGAGCAGUGAAAAGAAAAAAGUUUUGAAACGUCAUUGAUUUUGUUUUCAAAAUGCUGACCUCCUACUGUUGUAUCUUGCGCACUCUUUUUUUUUUCCUCUGUUAUUCGUUCUUGAACAUGUUUGUUACUGUUGCAGUGAUACAUGUUAAAAAUUGCUGGCAGUUUCAGGCUAUGAUGCAUUUCUCCAUGUGUCGAUACCGUUCUCCACGUGUGGUAUCCUACACACCGAGUAUGAGUGAGACUGAGACCAAGUUAAGUGGAUUAAACCACCACAGUUGURGUGCGUGUGUGUGAGAUUGUGUGGAUAAUGUGUGUGCAUGUUAAUGCCUGUCAUAAUGUGGGCAAGGCUGCUUACUAUACAGAAGGUCUAUACAAAAAUGUUAUGAGUGCAUUCAAUAUACUGCUGACUGUGUGUUAAGAAA